AUGGACAUUGAGCAGAGGAACCGAGACCAAUACACUAAAGAUUUAUCCAUACUAUCUGCAAAUUUUUCCUCCUCUCAAACGACAUGUACCGUAUUUGACGUCAAUGUCUAUAAGGACCCUCAUAAGGCAGCCAGCGAUAUUUUCGAUUCAAGGCUUCGCAUAAUCGUAGGCGCAAGAGCCAACGACGAUCCAUCUACAGGCUUGUUCACGAUCCCAUUCUUGCGACCAACAUUUGAGUUGAUCAUGGAAGGAUUUCGUUUUCCGAAAACAAUACUGCGGGCCAUCUACAAAGGCGAGGCUAUGUUCAGUGGAAUAUUGGAGAACAGAGAGGAGAAUAAUGCUGGAUGGAAUGGAUCAGUAAUGCGCAUGGUUUUUGACAUCCAUGGGAACGAAGGUCUUGCCAUUGCGACUUCCUGGAACCUCAAGGCCGGAAUAACCUAUGCUUUAAUCUUAGGAUGCAACGACAAGGAUCUCAAUUCGAUAGUCAACUUCAUAACGUACUCUACUCGCUCGGUUAGCAACCCACUCCUCCUACUUACGAUGUUUGCUGGACUUCAAUUGAAACGCUUCAAAGAUUUGCAUCGCACAGCUUACGGAAAAGUUCAACUAGACAUAUAUCGAGCGCAGUUGGACCGUCAAGAUGGACCUGAGGUCAUCGCCGUGCGGCGGACGGCCAGAACAAGACCUACAGAUUAUGACGAUGCGACUCGUGAAGUUUUACGGCACUUCCAAGACACUGGAACUCUCGGGCAAGCAAUGCUACAGUUCCGUGCUGAAGUGGUCAAAGUCGGUCAAGCCGUCAAAUCAAUAACCAAAACGCAACGGCCCGCACCUCACAGUACGCAUCUCAAGUCGAGCGGCAAGCAAAUAACUGGCCAAUUGGUUCAUAUUCUUGGACGACUUGACAUCUACAUCGAAAGAAACCGUUUAACGAUCAACGAAGCCUCACUAGUGAUGUCUGCUUUCUGGAAUCUCAUCGCACAGAGAGAUAAUAAAACAAACCAGAAGAUAGCGAUGCAAUCGAAGAAUAUAGCGGAACAAUCUAGGAACGUCACUGAUGAGUCUAAGCAGAUAGCUCAGCAGUCUUUGAAGAUUGCCAACCAGACACAGAACUUGGCCAAAACCUCGAUACUCAUCGCGAAACAGACAAAACGCGACAGCUCAGCUGUUAAAGCAAUAUCGCUACUUACCAUGGUUUUCUUGCCUGCAACCUACUCUGCAUUCUAUUGGUAUGGUCCGUCUGGAUUUGGUGGUCAGAUCAUCGGUUGA